AGUAAGUUAGACAAUCGGCACCCACAAGACCAAGCCGAUGCCCCGGCCAACAAGCAGACGGGAAUACUCCAAUUAAUUUCGUCGACUUUGAACAUAGUAGCAGCGGAUUAAAAGGAUUUUGGGGGAGUUUUUCUGUAAAUAAUUCUGGGAAGACAAUCGAGAGGGGUGAUGGAAAUGGAGGUGAGGAGGAUCGUUGUGGUGGUAGAAGAAGUGGAAGUAGCAAGAACAGCUAUGGUAUGGGCUCUUCAUAAUGUUCUCCGAUAUGGCGAUUUAGUAACUCUUCUUCAUGUAUUUCCGGCGACCACCACCACCGGCAGUAAAUCGCGUAACAGAAAGAAGCUCAGGUUGCUCCGAUUGAAAGGCUUUCAGUUGGCUCUUUCAUUCAAGGACAUCUGCAUUCAUAGUUUCCCAAACACGAAGAUAGAGAUCGUUGUGACGGAAGGCGAUGAAGAAGGCAGUAGGAUCACGGAUUUGGUCCGGCAGAUUGGGGCUUCAACUCUCGUUGCCGGCCUCCAUGAUCAGAGCUUUCUCUACAGGUUAGCAAUGGCCCACAAGAACAUUGGUAACAAUUUGAAUUGCAAAGUUCUUGCCAUCAAGCAACCUACUUCACCAUUAACAUCAAGUGGGCCCACUUUGUCAGAUAGUUCAACCAGCAUGGACUUUUCUCAGAUUGAAAUUUCCUCAUUAAGUGUACCAGAAAUUCCUCCACCAAAAAUUCCGUAUCAAGUAUGUCCAGAUCCAUCAGCCAUUAUAUGGAGAUCAAGGAGAAGAAGAAAGCAAUGAAUAACAAAGCCGGAUUAAUACUUUAGUUAGGGCCUUAGGGCUUAGGGGUGUGCAUCGUUUGGACUCAAACCAUUGUGCAAAAUUCGGCCCAUUUUCUUCUAAAAGUCCACAUAACACCACACAAAAAGUUGAAAUUUUACUCUUCUCCAUUACAAGUUUUCUUCUCUCAAAGUUAGGAUUAUUUUUAGUGAUGGGUAUAAGGAUGACAUUCACAUAUUAUAAGACAUGCAGGAAAUUGAGAGCG